GAGGGGUGUAGCCACAGGACUCUACCAGGGAGCGAAAACUGGAGUGACUGUGCUGUGGGGUGCAGUUAUGCGGGAGGGUGGCAUCGUCUCUGUUACGUGGAGGCUUCAAUAGGGGGGCACUGUCCCCUUAGGGGUGCAGGGGAGGGACCCUGCCCCUCAGCACUGAUGCUGCGAGAGGGAGCUGUACCUGGAGUGACGAGCGGCAGCUCCCAACCCCAGGUCCCAGAGCCGCAAUGGAUCCAAAAAAGCCUGAGGCAGACAAGUUGAAAGGUCAAAGCGACUCCAAAGCGAAUCAGCCUGAGAUGGCGGAAGAGUGGCCUCAACAGAAGGAAGCUGAAAACCAGGGCAGUGGCCAGAUUCAGUCAGUCGAGGACGUAACCACAACGACGACGACGACGACGACGACGACGGGCUCCUUCUCCUCGAACGAGCUAUGGUGGAGUAUCAUGCCUUUCUCCCGGGCCCGCCGCCUCUGGCUAGUGUUGCGCGACGGCUUGUACCGCAUAGUGGAAAGGAUGAAGCGUGCCGAGAUGCAGGUGGCGCACUUGACUCAUGGGCUGGAAUCCCUGCGGCGCUUGGAGGUGCCUGCGGGGCUGCUGGCAGUGGCGCAAGACCAGGAAAGUUCACGCUUGGUGCUCCUGGAUGGUGCUAGCCAAUUAUAUCUGCAUGCUGAAGAUGGCUGGGCCCGUGGCCACACCUGUGCUCCAGCAGACCUCACAGGGCUCGUGGCCCUCGUGGGUUUUCAGCACCUGGGCCAGAACCCAGGACGCUUUAUAGGUUGGGGGCCCGAAGGAAUGGUAGUACUGAAUGAGAACCUGAAACUGCUGUCCCGCAACUUCUUGGAACGGUCUCGAUUGCCCGUGUGCUGUGCUUUGUUGCCUGGAAAGGGGAUGGUGGCCAUUGGCGAGGAGGGUGGUGGGCUGUCAAUAUGGGAGUUUCGACGUGGUGGCCAGCGUCUAGUGCUGGCAGCUACGCUUCCGGCGCUCCCAAGCCAGGGACAGCCCUGUGCUGUCAGCCGAAUGGCUCUAGAUGUGGCACCUCAUGGGGUCUUCCCUCGCUGCUUCGCUGUCUGCGGGGCUGAGCUGCUCACUUAUGACCUGGCUACCUGCUCGAUCAUUGAUGUGCGCCGGAAGCUGCACAAAACCAUAAUCUCGGACGUGGUGUACUGUGAAGCUGCAGAGGCUGUGGUAACAGCCUCUCGAGACAGCACUGUGAAGGUGUGGGACGCUGAUUGGCAAAUCCGCAGCGUUUUUGUGGGGCACACAGGUCCAGUGACGGCUUUGGCCAUGUUGCCUGGCUCAGUGCUGGUGCUGUCAGCAUCCCAGGACAUGACUCUGCGCACUUGGAACCUGGAGACGGCGCAGCAAGUGGGCGAAGUGUCUCUUCGGAAUCAUUCAGAGACCCUGUCGGGGGUGCGACAGGACAUUGCGAACGAGGAUGAGAUGUCGCCCCCCUCUACCCCUAGCAACUACAGCGAGACAGUGUGCCGUCUUUGGGCACCAGCCCGGCGCGGUGCUCCUGUGCUGGUACAGGGCUUGGCGUACCUGGAGCUCUGGGUAGUGUGCGAGCUGCACAGCCCUCUGGUGGCCCUUAGCUCCCCCGUACAAGGCCUGGAACUGGCGCCUCCGCCGCCGCAGCCAGACCGCGACGUUCUGCCGCAGCGCAUCGUGGGCAGAUGCACUGACAGCACGGUGCGCAUCUUCUCAGCCGUUACUGGAACGAUGAUUUCGGCGCUGCUGCUGGCGCCUGGAGAGAUGGCUGCAGCCACGGCCUAUUGCAUGCCUCGAGAGGUCCUGCUGGUGCUGACCCACGAAGGGGUCUUGCUGCGCGCCAACGCAGCGCGCUACCCCAUGCCCGUGGUCCGCCGCAUGCAGUCGCCUCAGCCGCCAGACGCCCGGCCCUGCUGCCUCCACCUGAUUAGCCACAUUGCCGACCCGACGAGGGCCUAUAGCUCUUGGGCAAGCGUGCGGAAUCGUGGCGGGGAGCUCCGCAGGAAGAGCUGGCUGGGCACCACGUGGGAAGACAGGAACAGGUUCUUGCCAGUGUUAGGCUACACCGACGGCACGAUCGCGGUCCUGGAUUGGCAGUCUUUCCGGAAGCUCUUUCAUAUAGAAGCCCACGGCCCAGGCUCCACGACUACCAUUGCUUCGAGCCUGCAGAGUCUGGUUACCUCAGGCACAGACAUGACUGUAAAGAUGUGGCGAAUAUUUCCCUACUCAGACGACAGCCUGACCUUGCUUCGGACAUUUUUCUGCUACCAGUCAACUGUGGCACUUUGUGCCCUGGGUUCUCGUGUCACUGUGGCCUUCGAGGACCCCUCCAGUGCCACCUACAGCUUGGUGCAGUAUGGGACAUCUGACAACAAUGACAUACGCCAUGACCAUUGCCCCCAGGAUGACCCCACAGACCACAUCACAGGCUUGUGCUGUUGCCCUUACCUGAAGCUUUAUGCUUGCUCAAGCCUGGAUUGCACUGUGAGAAUCUGGACUCAGGACAAUAAAUUGCUCAGGGUGAUGCAUCUGAACAUGUCUCCAGAGACCAUAACCUUCUGCAAUGACAAGGGCGAUCUGAUCUUUUCCUUUGGCUCACACCUUCGCCUGCUCUCUCACAAACUCUACCUGCCCACAUCUUAUCUGGUCAAGGUUCUGUGUCGGAAAGUGCCAAACCCUAAGGAUGACCCAUCCCUGCCACUGACAGACCCGGAGCUGCUGACUUCAGAAGAGCUAAAAAGGCUGAAAGACUUUCAGGCUCUCCCUAGUGUCCGGAUGAAGAAGGUUAUAAGGCAGGAGUAUCUGGAGGCAGAGAACAGACAAAGGGAGAUAGAUGAGGCCUGUGCCAAGCUGGCUGCCAGGGAUGAGGAAUUACGGAGCCUGGCCUUGGGACAGGUGGAGCCCCUGACCCAAAUGCUCUUCACCCCCCAGCUGCGUUUGGAGGCCUUCCACAACUACCUACAGGUCAUCUAUGGCUCCCGACUGGAUGAUGUGAGCAAAGAGGAGGAUGAGGCGUUGAACACCUUUGGUUCAGGCUCUGAGGAAAGAAAGCCUUUGAGCUCGAUCCCACUGAGCCAAAGGAUUCUGCAACCCUCUACGGAAAUCAGCGGCUUCUUCCCCUCCACAACCCAGCCCAGACCCUCUUCCACCGAAAGCAAGAUGCCUCCACUGAUCCAGUUCCCGGGUUACAUCCCCAAUUCAGUGGCAGUACAGCAACUAUGGCCAAAGACAGAGUUGAAGGGAGUUGGGCAACUUGUCAAUCUGAAGUCAGAGAGCUUUGAAAUCUUGGAGUAUGAGAUGGACACAAUGUGGCUUCCAUGGGGCACAAGUAAGAAGAAAGAGAAAGCCUGGUUGAAGAAAGCCUUGGGUUUGGAACCCAGCUUGAUCCAGGAUACCACGUUUCAGUCAGAUUCAAGCUUUGUGCAACAGGAAAUCUUCCCUGAAGGUAUUGUCUCUGAAGAGCUUCAUGAAAAAGAGAGUGAGAAGGAACUUGAGAAGGAACAGAUGGUGCCUGAGAUAACUGUGACGCUGGAAUUACGCUCCAAAUUAGAAGAAUUCUUCAGCUCCUUGGAUACUUCUGAAACAUGGGACCCUGGCUCAACCUAUGUUUCUGAUAAGGGCGCUCAUCCUAUAUCCGAAUUUCUCAUCUCUUUGUUGAAUAAAGUGUGGUUCCAGAAAUAUUUUCAUGAUUUCGACUUUGAGGAGAUUAUUGUCUCUGAAGGGCUUCGUGAGAAGGCGUCACGUGAGAAGAAACAACCAAAAAAACAAGAGAAGGAACAGUUGGUGCCUGAGGCAUAUCCAGAGUGCUUCACAGUGGAGGGUGUGGCUAUAUUGCUGCUGAAGAUCCUGGAGCGAGCCACCUGGGAGGAUGGCACUGAGGCUUUGAUGAUGCUCACAGAGAUGAUGCCCUGGCUGGGGAAUGAAUUCCGGAAGAGGCUGCAACAGUUGCUGUUGAAACUUCUCAACAAAGACCCUCCCCCAAACCUGGUGGACAAGAUAGAGAAGAAAUUUGUGAUGACAGCCCUGCAAGUGCUCAUGAUUGUUUCCCUGGGCUCUCGGGACAUGGUCCUGGAACUUAUGUCCUACUUCCUCUACUCACCCCCUCGGUGCAGACCUAUGCUGAAGAAACUACUAGAACAGUUGGGCCUGAAGGACCCCCAUAAUUUCCUGUUCAAGGAAAUGGUGACCUGGGCAGAAGGGAAAGAUUUAACUAACAAGGCAGGCCUGAGAGGGCGCUGUGGACAGAAACUGGAACUUAUGAUCAAAAACCUUCAGAUCCACUUGAAACAAGAUCUCCUAAUGCCUACUUGGAAGAAGUAUGACGAGCAGCUCCAAGCGCACAAUGACCGGAUCAAGAUGAGGAGAGCAAUGCGCAAUGCCGUGCCCAACACCAUUGUCAUGCAGCCUCGGGGAGUCGUGUUACCCACCUAUCAAUACACUCAAGGUCGAAAGAUCCUGCGGCUUCAAGAGCAUAGGGGUUCCCUGACAGCUCUGGAUGCUGCUGUGGUGACAAAUUUCCAGAAGACCCGAUAUCGCAUGAGAACCAUUUCUCAUUCAAUGAAGCUCCCCCUGCCCCGAGUGGAACCAAUUCCCUUCCCUCCAGCCUGGCCACCUCCAUCCCGUCCACGACCUCCUUGAUCCUGGACGACUCCUUGCAGCGUUAUUUCCUACCCAAACUUGCCCAACCGGAGAACAAUCGCUGAGUCCAUCUGGGCUUCUGACUGUCCUCACCCCUACCCCCAGCCCAGCCACAGACUGGGCCCUGGCCAGACCCAGCUCAACGUGACCUGGCUUGGCCACUUAGAGGGACCCUGAUUGUGGAUAGACAUAGCUACCGAGUGGCCCAUACUGGCCUAGCCAUAGGCAGAACCUCAAGCCACAGCUGGCCUGGUCACAAGAGACUCUGGACCUGAAACCUGCUAUAGGCAUAGGUAGACAGGACUGACAAUGGAAUAAAGAAAGAAUGUUUUACCUGACACAGACCCACUGGGACACUAAUGUCAACUCUACCUUACACUGGACCAGGACUAGCUAGUGUCCUGGGAGAAGAGCCAGCAGCCUGAAGGUUGGGAUGGGGGUAGGGGAAGGAAUUGGGUCUCAGAGAACCGUGCCGGGGGGGGA